UAUCUUUCACCAUUUAUUUCAUCAACGUGUGGUCUUCAUCUCUCAGCUUCAGAAGAAGAACAACAUCUCUCAAAUCGACUGAAAUUGCUUCUUCUCAUGGCUUCUACAAUGCUAAAUGGAUCAGAAACCCUCAAAUUCCCAUCUCCAACUAAAUUAACUUCUAAUUUUCCUAAUAAGAGUGUUAAAAAUUGGAGAAUGAGGUCUACAAUUCCCAAAUGUAGCUUAUCAGCAUCAAGGUCUGUUUCUCAACCUAGAUUUAUCCAGCAUAAGAAAGAAGCGUUUUGGUUCUAUAGAUUUUUAUCAAUUGUGUAUGAUCAUAUCAUUAACCCUGGCCAUUGGACUGAGGAUAUGCGUGAUGAUGCACUACAACCAGCUGAUUUGUACGAUAGGAAGAUGAUAGUGGUUGACGUUGGCGGUGGAACUGGAUUCACAACUCUUGGCAUAGUUAAACAUGUUGAUGCGAAAAAUGUGACUAUACUUGAUCAAUCACCUCAUCAGCUUACUAAGGCUAAACAGAAGGAACCUCUUAAGGAAUGUAAGAUUGUUGAAGGUGAUGCUGAGGAUCUUCCUUUUCCUACUGGUUAUGCUGAUAGAUAUGUUUCAGCUGGAAGUAUUGAGUACUGGCCAGAUCCUCAAAGGGGUGUGAAGGAAGCAUACAGGGUGCUUAAAAUUGGUGGAAAGGCUUGCAUAAUUGGUCCCGUUUACCCAACUUUUUGGCUGUCUCGAUUUUUUGCGGAUGCUUGGAUGCUCUUUCCAAAGGAAGAAGAGUAUAUUGAAUGGUUUAAGAAGGCUGGUUUUAAGGAUGUUCAAUUGAAAAGAAUUGGUCCUAAAUGGUAUAGAGGUGUUAGAAGACAUGGCCUAAUCAUGGGUUGUUCUGUUACUGGUGUUAAGCCCUUAUCAGGGGACUCACCUCUACAGCUUGGUCCGAAGGCUGAGGAUGUGAGCAAACCGGUAAACCGUGUUGUGUUUCUUUCUCGACUUCUUCUGGGUGCGAUUGCAGGAGCCUAUUAUGUGUUAAUUCCCAUUUACAUGUGGAUUAAGGAUAAAAUUUUCCCUAAAGGUAUGUCAAUCUAAAUCUUGGACAAAUUAAGCAAUUUUAAUUUAUGUUCAUUUCAAUGUUCAGUUUUCAUGUAAAUUAAUGUAUGAUAAGAAGUCAGGGUACAUUAUAUAUUGAUGAGCUUAUCAAAAUUGUUUUAUUCUAAACUUAUUAGGAUUUUUUGCAUUUGUCAUCAUUAAAACCCAUAUAUAUGCAGGCAAUUUCUUGUGA